AUGGGAUCUUACGAUCUGGUCAGCGAGCUCCGCACUGCGCUCAAGGAUGUUGAAGUUGUCACUCCGCAGUCGCCAAACUACAAGAAGAGCAUCGAGCGGUGGUCGGAUGCAUCGGUCAAGGAAGCGGCAAUCGUCGUCUACCCCACGACAGCAGAAGAAGUCUCGACGACACUGAAGCUCGCCACCAAGCACGGCAUGCCGCUGGUCGUUUGCGGCGGGCAGCACUCGACCAGCGGCGACUCGUCCAUCAAAGACGGCCUGGUCCUCGACCUGGCCAAAAUGCGCAAAACCACCGUCGACCCCGUCGCCAAAACCAUCACGGCCGAGGGCGGCUGCAACUGGAAAGAGGUCGACGAGGCCGGGGCGCCGCACGGCCUCGCCACCGUCGGCGGCACCGUCAACCACACGGGCAUCGGCGGGCUGACGCUGGGCGGCGGCUUCGGCUUCCUGUCGGGCCUGUACGGGCUGACGGUCGACAACCUGCUGGCCGUCGAAUUCGUCCUCGCCGACGGCUCCGUCGUCACGGCUUCGGAGACGUCGCAUCCGGACCUCUUCUGGGCCGCGCGCGGCGCGGGGGCUAGCUUCGGCGUCGCGACGGCGUUUACGUUCCGCGCGUACGAGAUCGCGCACCCCGUCUUCAUGGGUAUGCUGGUGUGGCCGAAGGCCUUCGCGCCGACGCUCGUCGAGUUCAUCAACGGCAGCUGCGUCGCGCCGGGAACGGACGGCAAGACGGUCAUCCACGCCGCGCUGAUGGCCCCGCCGGAUCUGCCGCCGGGGGAGAUUGCCGUCGGCGCCGUCGUGUUCCACUGCGGGCCAGAGGCGGAGGCGCGCAAAGUGCUGAAGCCGCUGCUCGACGCGAACCCGCUGGUCAAUACGACCGGCGAGAUGCCGUAUGCGGCUGUCAACGGCGUGCUGGCGGCGCUGGCGCCGCGUGGGGGGAGGAAGAGCAUCAAGGGCGCGUCGUAUCCGCGGCCGUUGAGCGUUGAGAAGUUUACGCGCACGAUGGAUGCGUUUCAGGCGUUUAUUCGGGCUGUGCCGUCGGCGUCGCGCAGCUUGGUCAAUUUUGAGAAUAUGAAUCCGGAUAAGAUCUGCGAGCGCGGGGUGGACGAGAUGGCCAUGCCGCACCGUAGCGGGAGGCUGCAGUGUGCCGUCAUGUGUGUUUGGGAGAGCGAAGAGGAUGAUGCGGUUGUGAGGCAGUGGGGUCGGGAGAUCGCGGCUAUCAUCAGUGAGCCUGGCGAGGCUGAUGAAGGGAAGGAGAAUUUCGAAUACGUCAAUUAUGAUGGAAUGGGUUCUGGUCCGGAGAAGGUGUACGGUCCAAACUACAAGCGGCUUACCCAGCUGAAGGCCAAAUACGAUCCCACCAAUGUUUUCAAAAAGAACGUCGAGAUCAAGCCUGCGGUUUGA